CACGGGUGACGACCAACAACACAAGAGUGGCAGAGAGCGCGGCAGAGAUUCGCACGGUAAAGAGAGACGAGUCGAGACGAGAAGCGCGCGCACGGAUCAGUGGAUGCGGAUUAAACGAAUCUGAGCAAAUCGCGAGUGUCUAUCUCCAUGGAAUGAUCGAUCGAUCGCGCGGGAGGUCCAUUUACCGAAGAUCAAAGUAGAGAGAACCUCCAACCCCUCCCCCGUGCCCCAACCCCCUCCAUUUCCGAUAAGGUGUGGAUAAGUGCGUGAUAAUUAUCGAAAGCCCUGAUCGUUUGGCCCGAAAAUGUGCUAAUCAGAUCUCAGUUUUGGUUCAACAACUCAGACGCCCCGUCGCGACGUGGCGAUCAAAACGUAAUCGGGCAGCAGUGCUCCAGCAUCAACUGGCGCCAAUUUGUAUACAAAUUUCAUGCCUUAAUUGAAACCAACAUUAUAGCCAAGUGGCAAGUGCGAAAAGUUAACGACUAGGCAACUACACUGCUUGCGCCCCAGCCCGAGCUCCAGCCCCAAAACAUCUUACCAGCCAUUUCGCGCUUUGUGCAAAUUGAAUCUCCAUCGCGGGGGCAGAGAAAGUUGCCGGAAAAAUAGUAGCGGUGGAAGAGCAAAAUCAACAGCCCGGCAACCAACGAAGCAAUUGUGGAGUUCUUCAGUCAACUAACGCCGCCCGACAUGGACCCAGAGUCGCAGUGUCCGCAGUACGGCGAGGUGAACCAACUGGGCGGCGUCUUUGUCAAUGGCCGGCCAUUGCCGAAUGCGACGCGCAUGCGGAUCGUGGAGCUGGCCCGCCUGGGCAUCCGGCCGUGUGACAUUUCCCGCCAGCUGCGGGUGAGUCAUGGCUGUGUGUCCAAGAUACUGGCGCGCUACCACGAGACGGGCUCCAUACUGCCGGGCGCCAUUGGUGGCUCCAAGCCGCGCGUCACCACGCCCAAGGUGGUGAACUACAUCAGGGAGCUGAAGCAGCGCGAUCCGGGCAUCUUUGCCUGGGAGAUCCGCGACCGACUGCUCAGUGAGGGCAUCUGCGACAAGACGAAUGUGCCCAGCGUCAGCUCCAUUUCCCGCAUCCUGCGCAACAAGCUGGGCAGCAUCGGCCACCACCAUGCACCGGGCGGAUCGACUGGCUCGGGAUUGGGCGGCGUGGGCAGUGCCAACAGCAGCAGUGGCGGUGGCAACGUGGGUGGCAGUCAGGUUGGCAGCAAUGGCAACGGCAUGAAUGUGGGUAACACACACUCUGGGGCUCCGCACCAUCACCAUCAUCACCAUCAGACGGCAGCCGUGGCAGCGGCCAGCGCCCAUCAUGUGCACGCCCAUGCCCAUGCCCACGCCCACCUCUACAAUUCCAUCUAUCAGCCGUACAGUGCCGCGGCCGCGUACAGCAUGAAGGCCGUCUCCUGUGGCAGCCCCUCACCGCCUCAGGGAUCAGGCGGUCAGACACAUCCGCACCAGCUGCGCAGCGUGGCCGCCGCCGCGGCAGCCGCCCACUGGCCAUCGUCGCACUCUGUCAGCGAUAUCCUGGCCCACCAUCAGGCCGUCGCCUUGCGUGCCAGCUGCCAGGUGGGCGUGGGCGUGGGCAUGGGCAUGGGCGUGGGCAUGGGUAACACAGUGUCGCCGCUGCCAAUGACCCCGUCGCCGGUGACCGGUGGCGCCAGUGGGGGGCAGCCACUGCUCGACUGCGAGGGCGGGCCCGGCCAGCAGACGCCCUACAACUACUACAUGUACUUUCAAAAUGGUGGCAUGCACCAUCAUCACCAUCACGGCGGUAUGAUGGCCGCCGGAGCCACGGGCUUAUGAGGAUGCGGAUGCGGAUACUUCGCCCAUUAGUCAUUGUGUGAGCUGCGCGGGGGAGGGGGGCGCUGGUUAAGGGUUUUAAGUACUAAGCACACGGAUACGGAUACUCUCGCCCAUCCACUCAGAACUCUAGUCGGAAACGGUUCCGUUCCAGUCAGCACUUUCGCCGGGAAAAAUGUUGCCUACUUUUGGGGGGGCGGUCUUAACGUUCCGACAGAUGUUUUUGGAAUGCCAAGUGGAUGAGAUGAUGCAUUGCCAGGGUGCCACAGUGAGACCUAGCACGGCGGGUACUACUACAUCUAUACGAAUUUUUCUGUAAUUUUGGAGAUUUUUCUUUGUGUCGUUUUUGCUUGGAUUGUUGGAGUUUCGAGUUGGAUUUAGUCAGAACUACAAGUAAAUCUUUAUUUUAAAAUGGCAAGUAUUGAGUUCUGUUUUGCGGAAUGGUAUGCUAAUCGAUCGAUAUGUAGGUAUAUAAUAUAUAUACUAUAUAUAUGUACAUGUACGUAUGUGUUAUAUAGGUUCUUGUUCUCAUAACGACUAUUUGUACAAUAUGCUCACUAAGUAAACUAGUUGAUUAAUUUAUGCUGCGAUUACAGCAACUAUAUAUAAUUAAUAAUUAAUAAUAAUAAUAACAAUUAAAGCAAGUGUAACUAUCGAAUAAAAUUGUAUUUUUAGACAAUUUCUGUAAUUACUUUGCGGUAAUUCCUUUGGGACGGGGGGCAACUGCAUAUUUGGGUACAUCUAAUCUUAGUCUGGAGGGGGUGUUCCCAUAAUUAACAAUAACAUAAAAGAACACGCACACAUCUGAUCAUCGAUGAUCCAAUCCAUCCUUCGAUCCUGCAUUGUCCGCCUAGGGACAGCACUCGCUCUCGUCGGGUGUCUUCUUGUUCCAGCCAAAGAAGAAGUGGCCAAGGCCCAGGCCCAGAACCACUGCGAGGCAGAGCCAGUAGUUGAAGGUCAUGAAGAUCAGCAUGAGCAGGUAGGAUAUCACAAUCUGCAGCAGAUUCAGCAGCGACUGGAUAAUGUGCGCCGAGUCCAUCAAGCGUUGCCAGUAGCUCUUCUCCCUGACUUCGGCCAGGGGCGUGUCCGAACAGCAUCCACUGGGAUUGUCGUUCUUCUGACGCUCAGCGGCCAGGCGUUCCGCCUCCCUGCGGGCCACUCUACGGGCCAGA